GUUAGCACACGAGCCGCGCAGCGUUUUACGGGCAAAGGCGUGCGCUAUUUGCAUAACCGGUGCCUGCUGAACAACCGACAGCGAUCACACAGCAGCGAUCGGCAGCGAGAAAGCGAUAACGCCACGCUCGGCGUAAUAAAAAACCCAUCCAGCCCAGCACCAAAAAAAUACAAUACAAACGCGCAGCGAUGGCCGAGGACCCGCUGACGACGCCCGCGGUCGCCGGUGAAAUCGUCGCUGGCGAGGGCUCCAUCAUCAACGACGCGCGCGCCGCGGCGCAGUACGGCCGCGCCGACGAGAUCGCGGCGUUCCUCGACGACGGCAAGCUCACGCCGGACGCCAAGGACGAGGACGGCUGCUCGUUAUUGCAGUGGGCGGCGAUCAACGGGCGAGACAACGUCGUAAGGCUCCUUUUAGAGAGAGGCGCGGACUGCAACGCCGUCGGGGGCGUUUUGGAGGAGAACGCUCUACAAUGGGCCUGCCGGCAGGGGCGGAGCAGCUGCGCCGUGUUGCUCCGAGAAAGCGGCGGGGACCCGACGCACCGCGGCAAGGAGGGCGGCACGGCCGUGCACCUCUGUUGUCGGUAUGGCCAAGUGGCCAUCCUAGCUUUCCUCAUCGCGCGGGACGACGCCCCGCCAUCGGUACAACGAGGCCUCGUCGACUUACCAGAUGGAAAUGGGAUGACUCCUUUAAUGGUCUGCUGCGAGUGGUACUGGUCGCGGCCGAAGAAAGCGUUGGAUUGUUUGCGGUUGUUACUAGCCUUCGGCGCUUCCGCUACUUUUGCGGAUAAACAACAACGGACACCACUCCACGUCGCCGCGAAGCGAGGCGUGGAAGCCAAAGCUCUGGAAUUGCUGAUCGAAAAAGGCGCUUCUUGUGAAGCCGAAGACAGUGAGGGCCACACCGCCGCCAAGGUCGCCGAGCAGGCGGGCCACUCGAGUUGUGCGCGGCACAUCCGCACGCUCGCUUCGACAUCGUCCAAAAGGCGGCCCUGGACGACGGCGCGGAAAAAUGAGGAUGUGGAGGCUCCUCUGGUGGAAAGGAUGGCACCCUUGAAACCCUUGCCGUUCGCUGUUGAGUUGAGGAGUGGUCCAUUAGCUUGUAGGGACGCUUUGUACGGUCUCGGGACGCCCUGUAUUGUGCUAUUGGGCGGGCCCUCGCUCAUCGCGAGGUACGGCUGGCACGUGGGGAUGGGCUGUUCGGUCGUCAGCGCGUUCUCCUUCGCGUUUCUCGCUCCCAGAGACGCGCCGCGCUACGGCCACUGCGGCUUCGCGGUCGGGUCGGUCUUGGCCAUCGUGCGGUCGUUUUUCCUCGUCGAGGACGUCGGAAUUGGUCUGGUCGUGUUGUACGCCGUGCUUGUAUCUUGUUUAUUGGGUGCGCUGGGCAUGACGGCGCUGUCGGACCCCGGUAUGCGGCCGCGUCCCUUUACGUCGCGUCGAUGGCGUGGCGACACCGACGCCACCGGCGCGCCGUCGCGUCGGCUCGCGUCGGCCCCGACGCCAUCGACGACGCCAUCGCCGCGACGGAGCGAGCGUCGGCCGCGACGCCAUCGACGCCACGCAGGUGUGGUAUGUGCCGACGACGACCGCGCGGCGAAGAUCGUCGACCUCGCGCGGCGCGACCGCUUGAGCGAGAAGACGUUCUGCCCGACGUGCCUCAUCCAGCGGCCGGCGCGCGCGAAGCACGACCCGACGCUGAAGCGGUGCGUGCGCCGCUUCGACCACUACUGUCCCUUCGUCGCGACGGUCGUCGGCGAGCGGAACUACCGGUACUUUUAUGCGUUCUUGGUGUUUUGUGUCUUGGCGAUAUCCUUACACUUGCUACUCGUCCUACCUUUGGUGAGGUUAUGUGACGACGUCCAGGGCAAAUACGUCUGCCUCUUCCCCGCGAAGAACGCCCCGGUCUUCAUCGGCACUUUAUUAGCAAUAUUGCACGACGUCUGGAUCGCCUGCAUGCUCAUCAUGCACUCGUCGCUCGUCUGCACGGACCAGACGACCUACGAGCAAAUGCACGGGAAAGAGGGCGACGAGUGCUCCCAACAAAAUUGCCGGAAAGUCCUCUCUCCGGAACCCUUAACAGAAGAUUCUUAGCCCUCCACCGCCUUCUCGAAGGCCUUCACGAGCAACCCCAGCACGUCGUCCUUCGACGGCUGCUGCCCAAUCACUUCGGCCAGACACUUGGCGAUGAUCUGCGACUGGUCGUCGGGGAUGGCCACGUUGGGCUUCUUCAGGGAUGAUCUAUCUGGAGAUAAAGGGUCGCCGUCCUGCAAGCUCUUCAAAUAGUCGAGUAUACACUCGCAGCAACGGUCGGGCUUUGGUUUCUGCAUCCGCACGUAGCAGAUGGCCGGGUUGAUGACCGGGUCCACAAUUCUACUCAUGUAGUUUUGUGCCAGGGCCCGUGCCUCGGCCUUGCCCAUGGUGGCGGCGUGUGGGCUUGUGUUAAUGCUCUCCUUGGUGUGGAGCCUCCCCGGCGGCGUGAACGCUGCCCUUUCUCGCUGCGGCGCUGCUUGGCGUAGGGGCGUAUUUCUUCGUGGGGUGGAGUCCAGGCACGCGUGUGUGCGCCGCAAAGACAGCCCCAACUUGGUGCGCUGAGCGCUAAAUACCCGCACGCUACCGAACUCGAGCGCGCCCCCGCGGCGCGUUACGACGUAAAUCGAUGGCGCGCGACGGCUGGCCGCCGCGAAGACGUCGCGUCGAUGGCGUCGCCUGGCCGACGUGAGGGAGCCUCCGCGCCAUCGAGCUGACACGAG